UUAUGGUUGAAAGUUAGAAGUAAGGUCAGGUCGAUCGAUAGGUUAUGUUUGUUUUGUUAUGUGUUUUGUUUUGACUUAAAAACACAUAGCCUAAGUUUCAAGGUCUGCAACUAUAGACAAAUUUGUCUAUGCUACAACCCACAAUCUACAUCUCUGUUUGAAUGGAAGACUCAAAGAACAGCCAAAAUUCAACAAGUAGUAUGGAAAGUGAUAACUGUUCUAAUUUAGGAAGGGAAGAAACUGUUAAAAGCUUGUCCCAGCCCGUUUGCUUGAUUGUUCUUGGAAUGGCUGGUUCAGGAAAAACUACAUUGAUAAAAAAGUUGACUUCAUAUUUGUAUUCUAAAGAAAAUCAUCCGUAUGUUAUAAACCUUGAUCCAGCUUGCAGAGAAGUACCAUAUCCAGCAAACAUAGAUAUCAGAGAUACUGUGAAUUACAAAGAAGUUAUGAAGCAGUAUGGAUUGGGACCAAAUGGUGCCAUAGUAACAUCUUUGAACCUGUUUGCCACAAAGUUUGAUCAAGUCAUAUCUUUACUUGUCAAAGCCUCAGAAAAACACAAACUGUGUAUAGCUGACACUCCUGGACAGAUAGAAGUGUUUACUUGGUCAGCAUCAGGAAAUAUCAUCACAGAAACCCUCGCUUCAACGUUUCCUACUGUCGUAAUCUAUGUGAUGGACACCGUAAGAAGUGUGAACCCAGUAACAUUCAUGUCAAACAUGCUCUAUGCCUGUUCCAUCUUAUACAAAACAAAACUUCCUUUUAUAGUAGCUAUGAACAAGACAGAUGUGGUGGAACACAGCUAUGCAGUCGAUUGGAUGAAUGACUUUGAAGCUUUCCAAGAGGCGUUGGAGUCUGAGACAAGCUAUGUUUCCAACUUGACACGCUCCAUGUCCUUAGCUCUGGACGAGUUCUACAGCGGACUCAAAUGUGCAGGUGUCUCAGGUCUGACUGGAGCUGGGCUGCCUGAUCUGCUCAAGUUAGUUGAUGAAGCAGCCAUGGAGUUUGAACUGGAUUAUAGAAAGGAAUGGGAAGAAGUUAGAAAGAAGCGAGCUGAAGAAGAUGAGAAGGAGAAGAAGGAGAGACUAAAGCAGUUGGCAGGGGAUGUAGGUGAGGGAAAAGCUGUUCCUCUGAUAGGAGAGGUGAGCGCUGGCCGAGAGAUUGUGGACAUAUAUCUCAAACACCCUGCGAACGAAAGCUCAGACGAUAGUGAGGGUGAAGAGAACGUACCUCAAGUAUCACAGCAAGAUGAAGAAGAAGUUAAGGAAGGAGCAAGUUUCAAAGCUUUCCUUGACAAGCAUAAACAAUCGAGCAUGGAUAAGAAACAGGAUAAAUCUUCUGCUCCUUCAUCUUUAUCUUCAUAGUUAGAGGACAGGUUUCAAGUGAAUCUUGGUGUUUCAAAACUGAUAUGAAAUUUUAAUGCUUAAUAAUAUGUUUUAUUAAAUUUAACUUAGUAACUCUAAACAGUUUUCCUAAUGGCACCAUCGAAUUGUUGCCAACUAUCCACUGGCAUAACAAAGUAUGCGAAUGUUAAAAUUAGUGAUGGGUCGGUACCACUUUUUCAAUGUCGGUUCCGUUACCGGUUCCUAACCAAAUUCGAUUCUCGGUUCCUAAUUUUAAAUUAGGCUACUUAAUUGUUUUAUUUUAAAAACAAAAUAAUAUUCCUAUUUCAAUCUUUAACUUAAAACAGUUUUUUUCAUAUGUUAUUAAGUGGUUAAGAAAAUAAAACUUAGGCCUAUUUGUAAAAACAACACUUUGACAACCAAACAAAUUCAAAUCAAAACCAAAUAUACCAUACCAGAAGUGUUAAAUAUAGGCCUACCGUAUUUGUUGAAAUGAUUCACUGUUAAACCAAUAAAUUUAACAUAGGCUACUAACCUUGGAAAUAAAAUGGGCUCUGGAUAUUUGUUAAACUAAGUUAACUUAACUAAUAUAAUAUAUAAGACUUACCGUCUUGAAGCAAUCCAGUUUUUGUACUCAGUGUACAGCUGUUUCGGCUUCAUAAAGCCAUCUUCAGCACAUUCUUCUAGAGGUCAAUUCAUUAUAAGCUGUACACUGAGUACAAAAACUGGAUUGCUUCAAGAUGGUAAGUCUUAUAUUAUAUUAUUUAAAAAGCAAAUCCUGGUCAGCCAACCACAAAGUAUAUAUAUAUAUAUAUAUAUUAACUUAACUGUUUGUUAAGUUGUAGCUAAAUAUUAUGAAGGAAUCCAUUUUGAGUCAUUUUUUACCUAUUGCCUGCAUUAAGUUACUUUUAGGCUCCAUCAUUAAGGGAAAUAUAGAAGAGAAGUAUUUAUGGAAAGGACGUUUUGAACUAAACUUUUUAGAAAAUAGGCCUAAGUACAUAUUCAUUUGAGGUUACAGUUUAAGGUGGAGGCUUGUUGAAAAAAAAGAUUUAACCAAGACUUAGUUUGGUGACUCGACUGUGAUGGUUUUUUUAUAGGCCUAGUGCCUGUACCGGUAUUGUGGGUUUAGGUUUAAAGUGCUUGUAGACCCCACCUCUAGAGAUAAUUAUUUCGCAAAAUCUGUUGUUUGCUUCAUCAGUUUUAAUCAAAUACUUCCAAACUUGGGAAGCCAUUAUAAAGAAUUUAUCUCAAAUUAGUAUAUAAAAACAACAACUUAAGGUUGGCCAACUUCUAUAUUCUUGUAAUAAACUAAUCCAAUUUCACUUAUUAUUUACAGACAAAACAAUAUUAAUUAUUCACAACAACAUAUACAUUUUAUUUCAGAAAUCCGACGGAUGAAGCUAAACUACAUUUUAAACUCUAACCUCAUUUGACAUUUGGAGAAAGAGAAAGACAAAAACAAUUAUUAAGUACGAACCACCGAACAUACAAACAAUAACAAAUAAAAGCCCCUUUUGGUUUGCUGAAUGAAGGCUUGGCUGUUUGUCAUGUAGCCAUGUAACUUAGUCUCAUCCAUCAAUAAAUAAAUUUUACCUGUUAACUUUAAAUUUGAAGUAUUGGUCUUGCGCAAUGUGCAGUGUUGUCAUUUGUGACGGUGGUCACAGAUCGAAAUCAUGACUCAUGAGUACCCCAAUAUUAAACCAUUGGAAAUAAAAAUAAAUAUUAAUUCAGCCACUGACUGGACUAGACUGAGUCAAACAGUUAUAGUGAACUUGAUUGAGUUUGAGGUUCGAUUUGUACAUUCUACAAAACAAAGUCAAAUAAAGAACUCUAUGAAUUAAAUAAAAUAAUCUUGUCACUUGUAACUAUUGUAAAUGUUACUAAUAAUCAACAUCAGAUAAGAAAAUUAUGUUUUUAAGGUGAAUAAUAAUUUUGUUGAGUCAAAACAAAUAAUUUAUUUGAUGAUUUGAUCCAGUCUUUAUUAAGUUCGCCUUCUGUCUUCUGCUUGAAGAUGAUGGAGCAAGUUGUGUUGAUGAUUGAACCACUCUAUCAGCUGACGAUAGUGAGACAACUUAAUUAACUUACAAUGAAAUAAUCAUCCUAUAGCCUACUAUUGAUAAUAUUUUAUGAUAAAUAUUCCCUUUCAAAUAGCCUUAAGUGAAAUAAUCAUCAUCGUUGACAAAUUGAAUUUUUUAAAUGAGUAAAUAAACCUAAAGUGAGUAAAUAAUAUGAGUAAAUAAUAUAACCUGUUAACUUGGUACCAAAGGUAUCGGUACCAACAUUUCACCAUCGAUUCUCGGUCCCGGUACUUUUCCCAAGAACCCGUGGAACUGACUUUUGACGUUAAUUACCGACCCAUCACUAGUUAAAAUUACAAUGUUCAUAAUAUAUUUUAAAUUUAAAGAAUUCCCACAGUAAUUUAAUUCGAAUUCAGUGUGAUUGUUAUGUUUGAUAGUUUAUAAUAUUGAUUAUUACUUAACACUUAGUAAUAAGUACUGGCGACUCAGCUUUGCUCGGUAGAAUAAUUAGUAUAUUUGAGAGUCAGUGAGUAUGUGAUUCUACUACUAGCUGCCCUCUGUUUUUACUGCUAUAUGCAGUUAUGAGACUGAUGCGAUAGGUAUUUUUAGUUUAUUAUUUUAUUUAAGAAUUAAAUUAUAUAAAUGUUAAAUUAAAGAGUUAGAAACACAAUAUAAAAAAUUAAACUCAUUAUAUUUAGCCAAAUUUUUGUAUAACUUAACUGGAGGUGGCCAACUUUUAUCCGUAUAUUUACAACUUUUCCACUGCCUAUUAACCAUAGGUACCCUCUCUCAAUUAUAAAAGAGUAAAUGCAACAAUAAUUCCAGAUUCACUAAUUGAACAUAGAUAAUUUGCUUAUUGUCUUUCAAUUUGCGCUAAGUGCUCUUACUUAUUAAACCCUUGAAGGAUUUUAGAAAAACUGUUUGAGUUUCUUUUUCAUUUGCCUUAUCACUUAAAGCCUUGAAACUUGAUAUUAUCGUCUCUUAGAAGUAAUAACUCAAUUAAAUCAUUAGUGCCCAUUUUAUUGGCUAUGUUGUUUUCAAAUGUCUAACAGAUACGUCUAUAUUUAACUAAAAUAAAAGUAAAAAUCAGUGCCCUCCUCUAGAGUACCGUAGUGUAAAAAAAGCAAAAUUGGUGUUGUCCAAAAUCCUACUAAACUUACUAAUUCUGUCAACUUCCACCCCAGCAAACACAGUUAAUAAUUUAAGUAUGGCCUUCCACAAGCCACAGAUUAGAUUAAGCUUAAUAUGGAUUGUACUUGUACGGGAAUUGAAUAUACUCUCAUCAGUGCAAAACAUUUGUCAUGGUUUUUUUUUGCAAAUCAGCCUCCAUGUCACUGUUGGACUGCAGGGAUGAUUGCCAGUAAAUCAUGAAAGCGACACAAUAGUACUCACAGGUGUAAUUCAAUAAAUUUAUUUUUCUUACAGUCACCCGACAAAUUUGGCUUCCUUGUACUGUUUAUAGUACAGAAAGCUGCUAAUUGCUGCACAUUUAUACUUUGUCGUACGGUUUAUACUUUGUCAUACGGUUUAUACUUUGGCGCACAUCAGGAUUCCAAUGAAACAACACAAAACAGCGUGGUUCUAUUAUGCACGUAAUCAGUGUACGCUUGGAAAUAGGUUGGCAACACUUAAAGAUAAUAAUACUAUGAGCAGCUGAUUGACUAUUAUAACUAUGAUUUAACCUGUAAUUUCCUGUUUAUAGUUUCAGUAUUUCUGAAUUUUCUGGACGUUUCUUUUAAACGUUAAAACAUUCCUACGAUCUUAAUAAACAAGAAAAUACCUUUAAAGCAUUUUUUUAGGCGCGGAAACCCCUUAAAAUUACAAAAACAUACGGACUAUAUUCUCAAGUCGCGGAGCACAUUUCUUGCCGAGGAAAAAUAGCGUAGUGAUACGGACCGGGUACUACUUUCUCUAGGGCACCUAUUUGUGUUGCCAGCUGAACCUACAAACGUGUUGUAUAGUGUUUGAAAGACUAAUUAUUUAUAUGCUUUAUAGUGACUGUAUAGGAAAAAUAUAAUGUGUAACACGAGUGCAAAAGGCCUUUGCUGCACUCGAGAUCAUUACGCAAUGUUUACGAGAGUAAACAUUGCUCUCGUGUGCAGCAAAGUGCCACUUUGCCCACUAGCUACACAAAUAACUAGCACCAGAGCUACUGGAAGCAAAAAUCAGCAGGUACAAGGUGUCACCUCUUUUAGAGACAGUAUGUUAAACAAAUCCUUUACGCUUUGUGUACAAUCUGUAAAUAUUGUAGCAUAUUAGAGUUUCAGGAGUUUAUUAAAUAACAUUUUUAUGUAA